CUAUAGCUGCCAUUUAAAGUCACCAGCUCAUGACAGGAAUGUCUGUCCCCUGCGCACAGAGAUCAUGUACUAGACGCGUCUACUUUAUUUUUAACACAUUGGGUGGGUCAAACGAUGGCUCACUGGCUGACGGAAAUUAGGAAUGAGCGUGCUGUGUGCGCGGCCGCAGCUUUUGGACCGCAAGAUUUACAACCCCUUACCCCACCUUGCCCCCUCUGGCUCUCCAAGACCAUUCCCUCUGUGCGGAGUCCGCUGCAGUGACCAGGACCGGUCGGAAGCUUCAAUGGAAUUAUAAUUGGGUUUUAAUUCGAGGGAAAUCAAAAGGUGUAUAUUUUCCUACAGGAUUAUAUCAAGCAAAGACGUCCUGCUGUGUGAGGUCCAUUCUACUGUAUCUCUCCCUCCUCCACUCCUCCUCCUCCUCCCUUCCCAGAGCAGCUGAGGCUGUCCCCGGCCCCCAAUUACCUCACCCCAGCCAACGGCCCCCGUCCCACCGCCAAGCUGGCUGCAGCCAUGACGUCCACCACGGACUUCGACAACGUGGAGAUCACUCAGCAGUAUAGCCGCAUCAACACACGCUUCGAGCUGCUGGAAGAGGAGCAGGACAAAGACAAGAGCUCUGUACGACUGUUUGAGAGGUCACGCAUCAAAGCCCUUGCUGAUGAGCGCGAGGCGGUCCAGAAGAAGACCUUCACUAAAUGGGUCAACUCCAUCCUGUCGCGGGUCAACUGCCGUAUCUCUGACCUGUACCUGGACCUGAGGGAUGGACGCAUGCUCAUCAAACUACUAGAGGUCCUCUCUGGAGAGAAACUGCCCAAGCCUACUAAGGGUCGUAUGCGUAUCCACUGCCUGGAGAACGUGGACAAAGCCCUGCAGUUCCUCAAGGAGCAGAGGGUCCACCUGGAGAACAUGGGAUCACACGACAUCGUCGACGGCAACCACCGCCUCAUCCUGGGACUCAUCUGGACCAUCAUCCUCAGAUUCCAGAUCCAAGACAUUGUGGUGGAGAUGGGACAGGCAGACGGGACCCAACGGGAAAGCCGCACAGCCAAGGACGCUCUGCUACUCUGGUGCCAGAUGAAGACUGCCGGAUAUCCGAAUGUAAACAUCACCAACUUCACCACCAGUUGGAAAGACGGCAUGGCGUUCAACGCUCUCAUACACAAACAUAGGCCAGACCUGGUGGACUAUGGUGGCCUGAAGAAGUCCAACCCAACCCAUAACCUCCAGAAUGCCUUCAACGUAGCAGAGCAGAAGCUUGGCGUGACCAAACUGUUAGACCCUGAAGAUGUGUUCACGGAGAACCCAGAUGAGAAGUCCAUCAUCACAUAUGUCGUAGCAUUCUACCACUACUUCUCCAAGAUGAAGGCACUAGCAGUGGAGGGGAAGAGAGUUGGCAAGGUGCUAGACCAUGCCAUAGAGACAGAGAAGAUGAUUGACAAGUACGAGACCCUGUCGUCAGACCUGCUGACGUGGAUAGAGCAGACCAUCAUCAUCCUGAACAACCGUAAACUGGCCAACUCUCUAACCGGCGUCCAGCAGCAGCUCCAAGCUUUCAACUCAUACCGCACCGUGGAGAAACCACCCAAGUUCCAGGAGAAAGGUUACCUGGAGGUGCUGUUGUUCACAAUCCAGAGCCGUAUGAGGGCCAACAACCAGAGGGUCUACACCCCCAAGGAGGGGGCUCUAGUGGCUGAUAUCAACAGGGCCUGGGAGCGCCUGGAAUGGGCAGAGCAUGAGAGGGAGCGUGUCCUGAGAGACGAGCUGAUUCGUCAGGAGAAGCUGGAGCAGCUGGCCAGACGCUUUGACAGGAAGGCUGCCAUGAGAGAGACCUGGCUACUGGAGAACCAGAGACUGGUGGCACAGGACAACUUUGGCUAUGACCUGCCAGCGGUGGAAGCUGCGAAAAAGAAGCACGAUGCCAUCGAGACAGACAUCGCUGCCUACGAGGAACGCAUCCAAGGCAUAGUGGCUAUCUCAAAAGAGCUGGAGUCUGAGCGCUACCAUGACGCCAAGCGCAUCGACCUGCGCAAGGACAACAUCCUGAGGCUGUGGGAUUACUUACAGGAACUGCUGAAGGCUCGCAGGGCACGCCUGGACAAGAACCUCACCCUGCAGAGGAUCUUCCAGGAGAUGUUGUACAUUAUCAACUGGAUGGAUGAGAUGAAGGUUAAGCUGCUGUCCCCUGACUUUGGGAAGCACCUGUUGGAGGUGGAGGACCUGCUCCAGAAGCAUGCUCUGGUGGAGGCCGACAUCGCUGUGCAGGAAGAGAGAGUUCACAAUGCCAAUGCAGCUGCUCUCAAGUUUGCCAAUGGAGACAGCUACAAGCCCUGUGACCCCCAGGUGAUUAAGGACCGGGUGCAACACCUAGACCUGUGUUACCAGGAGCUGUGUGCCCUGGCAGCCCAGCGCCGUGCCCGACUGGAGCAGUCACGACGUCUCUGGAACUUCUUCUGGGAGAUGGCCGAGCUGGAGAGCUGGAUCAAGGAGAAGGAGCAUAUCUUGUCCUCGCUGGACUAUGGCAAGGACCUAACCAGUGUGCUGGUUCUGCAGAGCAAACACAGUGCCUUCGAGGACGAGCUGGGUUCCCGCCGUGCCCACUUGCAGGAGAUCAUGGACGAAGGAGACAAGAUAAUCCAGGCGGGGCACUUCGGCACACCACAAGUCGGGGAUCGCAUGGAGGACGUGAGGAGGCAGUGGCAGCAGUUGGAGGAGCUGGCAGCGUUCAGAAGGCAAAACCUCCAGGACACCCAGAAGUUCUUCCAGUUCCAGGGAGACGCUGAUGACCUGAAGGCCUGGUUGCUGGUUGCCAAGAGGCAGAUGACUAGUGAUGACGUGGGUCAUGAUGAGUAUACCACCCAGAGGCUGCUGAAGAGACACAGAGACCUAAGGGACGAUGUCGCCAAGAACGGAGCCACCAUUGACGCUCUGACCAAACAGGAGGCGGCGCUACCCGAGGAGCUGCGUAACACGCCGGACAUCCAGAGACGUCUGAAGGACAUCAGAGACCUGUACGUGGAGCUGAUGUCCCUGUGUGACCUGCGACAGAAGAAACUGGAUGAUGCCAUGGCUCUGUACACCAUCUUCAGUGAGACAGAUGCCUGUGAGCUGUGGAUGGGCCAGAAGGAGACCUGGCUGGUGGGUCUGGAUGUGCCCGAGAAACUAGAGGAUUUGGAGGUGGUGCAGAACAGGUUGAGCAUACUUGCUUCAGACAUGGCUAAUAUCCAGUCACGAGUUGAUGAUGUCAACAAAGCGGUGAAGCAGCUUGAGGACAGCAGACACCCUCGUACCAAGGAGGUGAAGGAAUGCCAGAUGAGACUGAAUAAGAGGUGGGAGGCCUUCAAGGCCCUGGUUGAGGAUAAGAAGCAGAAGGUGGACUCUGCUCUCAGCUACCACAACUAUGGCCUGGAGUGUGACGAGACAGAGUCCUGGAUCCGAGACAAAACCCGGGUCAUCGAAUCCACCCAGGACCUGGGCAACGAUCUGAACGCUGUCAUGACCAUCCAGAGGAAACUCUAUGGCAUGGAGCGCGACCUGGCCGCCAUCGAAGACAAGCUCACAUUCCUGAGGAGUGAGGCGGACCAGCUGGCCAAGGAUCACCCGGACAACGCUGCAGACAUCCUGGCUAGACGAGCCGAGCUGGACGCAGCCUGGGAUAACCUGAGGGCCACCCUGAAGGACCGGGAGGACUCUCUGGGAGAGGUGUCCAAGCUGCAGAUCUUCCUGCAGGACAUGGAUGACUUCCAGUCCUGGCUCUUCAAGACCCAGAAGGCUGUGGCGUCCGAGGAUACGCCUGAGACUCUGCCCCAGGCAGAGCAGCUACUGAGUCUCCAUGAUGCCGUGCAUGAUGACAUGGGCACACACGUGGAGGACUACUACAAGGUGAGGGACACGGGUGUGGUGGUGACCCAGGGCCAGCUGGAUGACCCUCAAUACCAGGAGCUGGACAAGAGGCUGAAAGGUCUGGACCGUGGGUGGGACGAGCUCCACAAGAUGUGGGACAGUAGGAAGGGCUUCCUGGACCAGGGCCUGGGCUUCCAGCAGUUCAUGAGGGACACCAAGCAGGUGGAGACCAUCCUCAACAACCAGGAGUACACUCUGGCCCACACAGACAAGCCCGACACCCUGGACGGAGCGGAACAGGCCCUGAAGAAGCACGAGGACUUCGUCUGCACCAUGGAUGCCAACAUGGAGAAGAUCGCCAGCAUGCUGGAGGGGGGACAGAAAUUGGUCGACAGCGGAAACCUCUACUCCCCCAGGGUCCAAGACAAGAUGGACUCCAUCCAUGACAAGUACCACAAGAACAGAGGCAAAGCCAACGAAGUUACAGGGGUACUCAAGGAUAACCGUGAUCUUCAACACUUCCUGCAAAACACACAGGAUCUCACUCUGUGGAUAAACGAGAAGAUGUUGACGGCUCAGGACGUGUCGUACGACGGGGACAGGAACCUUCACACCAAGUGGAAGAAGCAUCAGGCCUUCAUGGCUGAGCUGGCCUCCAACAAAGACUGGCUAAACAAAAUAGACCAGGAGGGUCAGGAGCUAAUGGAUGCCAAACCUGAGUUCGAGCCUAUCGUGACAGAGCGUCUGGCAAAGCUGCAUGAGCUAUGGGACAAGCUGGAGUCCACUGCCGAGAACAAGGCCCGUCUGCUGUUUGAUGCUAACCGCUCCGAGCUUUUUGACCAGAGUCUGGCCGACAUUAAGAAGUGGCUGGCUGAGCUUCAGAAGGAGCUACAGGGAGACGAUGAGGUCAAGGACCUCACCAAUGCCAACAUCCUGCUCAAGAAGCACCAGCAAACAGAGACCCAGGUGCGUGACCGUGCGCGGGAGCUGGAAGACCUCCAGGAGGCUGUCCAGAAACACGGAGGCCCAGCCGGGAGCAGGGAGGACCAGCCGGAGCUUGAGGCUGAGCAGCAAGCCAUCCAGAGGGACUUCCAGCAGCUUCUCACCCCCCUGGCCCAGCGCAGGGGCAAGCUGGAGGCAGCCAAGGCCGUGCACCAGUUCUACAGGGACCUGGCUGAUGAGAUUCUCUGGGUAGAGGAGAGGUUGCCCCUUGCGAUGUCAGAUGAACAUGGCAACAAUCUCCAGGCAGUCCAAAUGCUGUUGAAGAAGAACCAGACAUUACAGAGGGAGAUCGAGGGUCACCAGCCCCGGGUGGAUGAGGUGUUGGAGCGUGGCCGUAGGAUGGCGUCGGCCGCGACAGAGGAGGGUGGGCCGGAGGCUGAGCGUAUUGGAGAGCAGGUGAAGGAGCUGGAGGAGGUGUGGUCUCGGCUGCAGGAUGAGAUGGCUAAGAGGAGAGACAGGCUGAACGGAUCUAACCUGGCCCAACAGUACUAUAACGACGCUGAUGAGGCUGAGGCCUGGAUAGGAGAGGAGGAGCUCUACAUGAUCACUGAUGAGAAAGCUAAGGAUGAGCGGGGUGCCAUGUUGAUGUUGAAGCGUCACCUGAUCAUGAAGCAGGCUGUAGAUGACUACUCAGACUCCAUCCAGAAGCUGGCUGACCGCGCACAGAAGAUGCUCAAUGAGGACCACCCUGAUGGUGAGUCUGUCAUCCGUCGUCAGGGCCAGGUAGAUAAGCAGUAUGCUGGUCUGAAGGACCUGUCAGAGGACCGCAGGAGGAAGCUGGACCAUGUCUAUCAUCACUUCCUGCUGAGCCGAGAGGUGGAGGAUCUGGAGCACUGGAUCGCUGAGAGGGAUGUGGUGGCCUCCUCACAGGAGAUGGGACAGGACCUGGACCAUGUCACGAUCCUGAGGGACAAGUUCCGUGACUUUGCCCGGGAGACAGGGAUGGUGGGGCAGGAGCGUGUGGACUAUGUGAAUCAGACCAUAGACGAACUGAUCGAGGCGGGCCACACAGAGGCUUCUGCCAUGGCCGAGUGGAAGGACAGCGUCAAUGAGAGCUGGGCUGACCUGCUGGAACUCAUAGACACCCGUGCUCAGCUCCUACAAGCCUCAUAUGACCUGCUCAAGUACUUCGAUGAUGGGAAGGAGCUGGUGGCUCAGAUCCAGGAGAAACAUAAUGAGAUUCCUGCUGACCUGGGAGAAGACUUCAGCAAGGCAGAUACCUUCCACCGCAUGCACGCCUCCUUCGAGAGGGACAUUAGCGCUCUGGGAAAACAGGUGCAGCAGUUCCAGGAAACAGCGGCCCGUCUGCAUGCCCAGUACGCUGGGGACCAGGCUGUGGAGAUCCAGGCCCAGGAGAAGGAGGUGGUGGAGGCCUGGAAAGCCCUGCUGGAUGCCUGUGACGGCCGCAGGAAACGCCUGGAGGAGACAGCUGAUAAGUUCCGCUUCUUCACCAUGGUCCGAGACCUCAUGGCAUGGAUGGAGAGCACCAUACAACAGAUAGAGACACAGGAGAAACCACGGGACGUGUCAUCAGUAGAGCUGCUGAUGAAAUACCACCAAGGGAUUAGGUCAGAGAUCGACCAGCGUGGACCCAAGUUCUCUGACUGUGUGGAGCAUGGCAAAGCUCUGCUGGCUCGCAAACACAAAGACUCUGCUGAGAUCAAGAAUAAGCUGAUCCAGCUGAUGGAGAAGAAGAAGGAGAUGAUGACCAAGUGGGACGACCGGUGGGACUGGCUCAGGCUCUUGUUGGAGGUGUGCCAGUUUGCACGGGAUGCCUCAGUGGCGGAGGCGUGGCUAGUGGCUCAGGAGCCAUACGUGGCCAGCAAGGACUUGGGACAGACGGUAGACGAGGUGGAGAAACUGCUGAAGAGACAUGAAGCCUUUGAGAAGUCCACCGCCACCUGGGAGGAGCGCUUCUCAGCACUGGAGAGACUUACUACGUUGGAGCUGUUGGAGUUGAGGAAACAGCAGCAGGAGAUGCAGCAGUUUGUAACAGAGGAGCAGCAGCGCUCACAGAUGGAGAGCAGGAGAGAAGACACAGGGUUCGCUGAGGAUUCGUCUCAGCUCUACACCAUUGAAGAGCAGACACUGUCUGCGUCUGGAGCAGUGGUGGAGCCAAGUUCAGGUCAGUUGGAGGGGACAGCAGGUGACUCCACGAUGCCCAUGGUCUCUGAGAUGCAGGAUGCUGGCUUGCAUGAGGCUGGCUCUCUGGAGCUGCUGGAUACCUCUGUGUCUGGACAGACCCCCAGAGAUGGGGAGCUCAGGGCCACUACCCUGCCUGCUGAACCCCUCAGUGCUAAGGCUGUGCUGCAGGAAGGCAUGCUGGGACGGAAACACGACCUGGAGGCUGCUAGGAAGAAGGCUUCUAACAGGUCCUGGAACAACCUGUACUGUGUGCUGAAACCUGGUCAGCUGUCUGUCUAUAAGGACGCCAAGAGCUUCGGCCACGGCUCCACCUACCACGGAGAGGACCCUCUGUCGCUCGGCAACGCCAAUUGUGAAGUCCUGACCAACUACAAGAAAAAGAAGCACGUAUUCAAACUGAGGCUUGGAGAUGGUAGUGAGUACCUUUUCCAGUGUAAAGAAGAGGAGGAGCUUGGUCACUGGUCCCAGGCGAUGGAGAAGGCAGUGAAGCCCCUGGCACAGGAAGAGGCAGGACCCUCAGGGUCCGCAGGGGCCCGGGCCCGCAGCCUGCCCCCUCCUACCUCCUCCACCACCGUCACCAUCCCAGAGCCAGCGAAAGACAAAAAAGACAAGGAGAAGAAGGGAUUCAGUCGGUUCGCAAAGAAGAAGUGAGGACUGCCUGACUAUAUUGCGGUCACUUGGGCAGAAUAAUAAGUUGUAGUGUACAAUCAGUAAGACUUAGAUUUUUAUCACCUUAAAAUGUUUAAUUUUUUACAUUAAAAUAGAUGAGAUAUUGUAGUUUUUAGAUUUAAACCUAUGCUCACGCUACUGCGUGUAUUUAAGCCAGUGUAUCAACGCAAAGGUCCACCUUUUUCUUUCUCUUUUUGUUUUCUCUUUGACAAUAUAUGCUAAAUUUAAAUAGUUAAUUAAAAGCACAGGAAUGCUCUUUUCACACUCAACCAAAGAAUGUUUGUAAAAAAAAUCAUUUUUCUCCUUUACAAUUAUAUCCCAACCUCACUUUAGAUAAAAGCAUGCUUUGAUAAAUCUAUGAUAUGUAUUACAAAACAGUAUGACUCGUAAGAGUACUUUUGUUGAUUCAUCUGCCUUAUAUUCCUAUAAAAUGGUUGUGAAUUGUUAUACUGUGCUGUUUGAAUUUGGAGCUCUUAUAUCAUAAAAUCAUCAGGAUUGGGUAUGGUAGCUCUUUUUUUUAAAGAGCUUUGUAAAUGCUAUUUUAGCUAAUUAAAUGAUAGACAUUGUACAGUGCUGCACAGUACAGUACUUGCAUGCACGGCAAGUACAACAGCAAGUAUGCAAACUAAUUGUCCUAUGCACUGUGAAGGCCAAAUAACAUUGCAGAAAUUGGAAGUUAUAGACUGUUUUAGCUGAGAUAAUGAAAGUAACACAAUUGAAAGAUAAUGUUAUUAUCUUGUUAUUGUCGUGAUAUUACCUAAAACAAAACAACUCGAUCACUUUCAAUCAUGACUUCUACCAGAAUAGCACUGUGGCCAUCUCUGUUGCUGAGAACUUGAAAUAGCCUAUGCCUAACACUUGUGAAUCGAAUCUCGAAUUUCAUAUCUAUUCAUAAAUAUCUAAAAAUGCAUGAAUUUUGAUUUUUUGUUUUGUUUAACAUGGUGCUAUAGUGUUGUGAUAUUCUUAGGGCUCUAUUCAAUCAGAUCUGCUUUAGCUAACAUCCGCAUAGCGGUUGUUUUGACAGUGUAGGUGGUGGAACUGUGUUAAAGCUGUCCAAUCCACAAGUGGCUCCCCACAUUAUACCUAAAACGGACAUUGCCAUUGGCUGCAUGAAGUCGCAUUAACAGAAAUCCCAUGCAGCCUUGUUUACAAGUUCGAACACUGGAAUGUGAGAUGUAAUCCACACCUUGAUUAGGUUGAAAGAAAUCCUCAAUAUUUAGUUGAAUGGUUUUUCCAUUUGAUCGUAAUUAUUUCUAUAUAGCCUACGCUUUCUAGUUCUGAACUUCUAGCUCCAGUAGGACGGGUGUUGCUUCUUGACAAUGAUCACAAGAGCAGCUGCUCACCGAUUUGAUGGCUCCAAUGCAGUUCUUCCUCCAACACCACCGAAACAUCCUCUAUGCAGGUGUCUGCUAUCGCCGGUAAACACUUGAUCUGAUUGAAUCUAGACCAACUUGGCCUGCCCUAUUUGUCCUUUAUUUUGGACUGCAGAGUCAUAUGCAACUGAUUCUUUCUAUUACACCUUGUUUGGUUUCACUCAAACACCUUCAAUUACAUAGUCUAUGAGACAGAAAAACUUUGUCAAAAGUUGAGGAUAAAAUUGUGGGUCAAUCAAGUCUAAACUGCUUUUCCAAAACCCACACAGUAUGAAAAUGCAUAAUGGAAGAAUGUGUCAAAAUGAAUGUAUGUAUGGAAAUAAAAACUACAGGAAGCGUGGAAGAUGGGUAGAGACCAUGAUGUGCAAUCGGGAAAACCAGAAAAAAAGGAUUUCAUUUGAAAUCGACCCUCAGAAUUUAUUUUUUUCAUGACAUAGGUAAUAGUUAAAUUAAGAUAUUUUAAACAGGAAUACAUUCUCAAAUAUUUUCUUUUAAAUCACCCAAAUCUAUACCUAAUAUAUACAUGUACAUUAUAUAAUGGAACUGCAUUUAUGCUAGUAAAAUAUACAAAUACAUUUGACUACUGAGUACUGACAGUGCAACACUUUGUGUAGUUUGUUUUUCCUUUGCAUCAUGUAUACCCCCCUUCCUUUGUGGUAGGUUGCUGAAACUGCACACAAUUCAGGAAAAACUAAAAUUGUAAAUCCACAUUCUUCCUGAACUUAAAAGGGGGGCUGAACUUCUUUUUUUAGCCAAAUUUUUCAGCUUGGUCAUUAAGAAAUGCAGCCAACUUCCUUAGCUUCACCUAGCUGGUGUGCGAAAUCAAAUACCAAACCAAAUUGACCUAUUUACAUGUCACUUUGUAAUCAAUCUUGACACUAGAAUACGUUUGACUCAUAUCAAUGCUACAUAGGUCGUUUUCAAAACGAGAAGUUGCUUUUAAGGGGCAGUCGCUCUUUAAAUGGAAUUGACCUCAAACCUGCUGCACAUUGCCUUUUAAUGUACAGGCUGUACUGUCCUCCCCUCCCCUCCCCUCCCAUCUACCAGCCACAUACUAAACUAACUCACCAUCUUUAUCUUCCAGUCCUCUGUGUAGUGGUUUUUUUUUUAUCAGCAUUUUCUACUCUCUACAAGCCAUGUAAAAUAUCCCAAAAUGUUGACAGAAAAUGUCCAAUACAUUUUAAGGUGAACUUGAAAAUAAACUAAUAAACCGACA